AUGCUAAAGGAAAAGCCAAACCACAAGCCAUCAACCACAGCCGAAGUGUACCUGGAAGCCUGCAGACUGACUGGUGUGGUGCCCGUCUCAUACUUCAUAAGACACCGGGGUACCUCCACCAUGGACCUAAAUCACCACGGACUCGGACCACUGGGCUGCAAGGCCCUUGCUAUUGCAUUAGUGACUGAUAUGACCAUCAGUACCCUGGAACUGGCAGACAAUCACAUUCUAGCGGAGGGAGCUAAACACCUUGUUGAAAUGCUGAAGGCUAAUUUCACCAUCAAUACCAUGGAUUUGUCGGACAACCACCUUCAGUCUGUCGGCGCAGAGUGUAUUGGAAAAAUGUUGCUUGAAAAUAUUUCAUUGAAAUCGUUGAAACUCUCAGCAAACAACGAGGGUCUAGAGACGCUGGACCUCAGCUGGAAUCAUCUCAGGAUGAAAGGAGCUGUGGCCUUUUCGGCUGGGCUCAAGGUGAACAUAACCUUGAAACACCUGGACCUGUCGUGGAACGGGUUUGGGAAUGAGGGAGCGCUGGCGAUGGGAGAGGCGCUGAAAUACAACAACACUCUGGUCCAUUUGAACCUCAACAACAACCGCAUCACCAACGAGGGGGUGGGCACGCUGUGCAAAGGCCUGGAGUUCAACGACACACUGAGAGUCUUACUGCUGGCAUACAAUUCUCUGACAGUAGAGGGUGCACUGGCCCUGGUUAAUGUGGUGAAGAACAGCCAUAAAACGGCCUUGGAGGAGAUCAACAUAUGUAACGUGUUGGUAAAUGAGAACUUUGUGCGGCUGCUGGAGUUGACCUGUCAGGAGCACCCCAGUCUAGAGGUGCAGUAUGGGGGGGUGGGGGGCUUUAUUGCAAAGAAACCCCCCAAACGUCUCGACCCUAUGAAGGUCAUCCAGGACUAUCUGGAUCAACGCAAACUGCGCUUGUGGGACUUCUUCCGGAACAUCGAUAAGGACGGCACCAUGCGCGUCCCUGUAGGGGACUUCAGGAAGGCCGUGCAGGUUCAAUCCAGCAUUCCUUUGGAUCGCUACCAAAUCGAGGAGCUGAUUCAGAGGCUGGACCGUGAGAGGACAGGCAUGGUAGACUACAGGUACAACGCCUCACAUCAUCAGCCCUCCAAGACACACCGUGCCUAG